GUGAUCAUGAUCUAACUGUGGAUUACAUCCUUACUCCCACUAGAGUAAUUGUGACCGGCUGCACUCGGCCAAAGCCACAGGGUAUCAUAUGGUCCAUGAGCAGAACCUGCCUGAAUCACAGUGUGGCUUCUGACCAGAUCGCAGCACCAUCGACAUGGUCUUCACAGUGAGGCAAAUGCAGGAAAAAUGCCUUGAGCAGAACCUGAGUCUCUAUAUUGUCUUCAUAGACCUGACAAAGGCGUUCGACACAGUAAACAGGGACGCAUUGUGGGUAAUCCUCAGCAAGCUCGGUUGCCCAGCAAAAUUCGUCAGACUGAUCCAGCUCUUUCAUGUCGACAUGACAGGGGAAGUCCUAUCUGGUGGAGAGACUUCUGAUCGCUUCAACAUCUCCAAUGGUGUGAAACAAGGCUGUGUCCUCGCUCCGGUACUAUUCAACCUAUUUUUCACCCAAGUAUUACGACAUGCUGUGAUGGAUCUAGACCUGGGUGUCUACAUCAAAUACCGACUGGAUGGCUCACUAUUUGACCUUCGCCGCCUGACUGCAAAAACAAAGACAACAGAGAGACUCAUCCUGGAAGCUCUCUUUGCAGAUGACUGUGCUCUCAUGGCCCACCAAGAAAAUCAUCUCCAAACCAUUGUGGACAGGUUCUCCACCGCAACAAAACUGUCUGGCCUGACUAUCAGCCUCAGCAAAACAGAGGUGCUGUUCCAACCUGCACCAGGGAGGCCAACAAACCAGCCGUGCAUUACAAGCGACGGCACGCAGCUUUCUAACGUCAACACUUUCAAGUAUCUGGGCAGCACCAUCGCCAAUGACGGGUCCCUAGACCACGAGAUUAAUGCCAGGAUCCAAAAGGCCAGCCAGGCACUCGGGUGGCUGCACUCCAAAGUCCUCCAACACAGAGGUGUAAGCACUGCGACGAAGCUCAAAGUGUACAAUGCAGUGGUCCUCAGCUCGCUCCUGUACGGUUGUGAGACAUGGACACUGUACCGGAAGCACAUGAAACAGCUGGAGCAAUUCCACCAACACUCCCUCCGGUCAAUCAUGAGGAUCCGAUGGCAGGACCGAAUCACCAACCAGGAAGUCCUCGACAGAGCCAACUCCACCAGCAUAGAAGUCCUCAAAACCCAGCUACGAUGGUCUGGACACGUCAUCCGUAUGGACCCACAGCGAAUACCAAGACAGGUAUUCUAUGGUGAACUGUCAGCUGGACUCAGGAAACAAGGCCGACCAAAGAAAAGAUUCAAGGAUCAGCUAAAGUCAAACUUGAAGUGGGCUGGCAUUACACCAAAGCAACUAGAACUUGCUGCCUCUGACAGAAGCAGCUGGUGAACCCACAUUCACCAUGCCACCACCACCUUUGAAGAUGAGCGACGUCAACAUCUUGCCACUGCGCGUGAACGCCGACACCAGGCCACAACCGCACCUCCCGUAACAACGGGCGUCCCAUGCCCCAUGUGCCACAGACUCUGCGCCUCAGCCUUUUGACUCCAAAGCCACAUGAGGGUACAUCAAUAGAUGAUAAUGCACAAAGACAAUUGUCAUUCUCGAUCACCGAGAGACUACCACUAUAUAUAUAUAUAUAUAAAAAUAUAUAAAGUUCAAGCCCUAAAGGAUGUGACUCCCCCAAGGCCACACAGUGUUAAUAACAGGCCAGAUUCAAAUCCAGAUCCUCUGACUCUUGGCACAGUACCUUUGCCCUCCUACCAGGGCUGCCUCUACUACGUGUCUAGCUGAGACUUGGACUGAGUCCUCUGGUGUAAGUCUUGUGUUACUUAAUGGAUUAAUACUGCUCUCAAAAAUGGUUAGUGUACUCCUGCCUCAUUGUAACUGACCUAGUGAGAAUACUGUACAUCCUCUUUAUGAUUUUCAUGUUUUGAGACAGGAAAAACCACCACCACCAUUAAAAUCUUGAUGUUUACCCACAUUAUAUUGUUUUUUGUUGUUUUUUUAAACCCUUACCAUCUAUCUUAGAAUCAGUACUAAACAUUGGUUCCAAGGUAGAAGAGAGGUAAGGGCUAAGAAACUGGGGUUAAGUGACUUGGCCAGGGUCACACAACUAGGAAGUGGCUGAGGUCAGAUUUGAACCCAGGACCUCCUGUCUCCAGGCCUGGAGUUAUUGCUGCCCCAUCCCUACAUUAUAUUUUCAUUGAUUCUUUAUUGUGUGUAAUUAGACCUUUUGGGUACCACAUUAAAACUUUAAAAUAUAUGGAGUAGAGUGGUAGUAUACAAUUGCAAAUUUUUCAAAGGCAAGAGCUGUUCCUCUCUUGUGGUUAAAUUCCCAGUGCCUGCUCCAGUGUUAGAUACACAGCAGAUACCUAGUAAAUGCUUGCAGAUUGCUGUGUGUGGUAAUGAGCCAUGUUCUAACAAAAUUCUGCUGUUUUGUGAAGUUAUAGAUGUUUCAAGUUAUAGGCUGUCAUUUUCUUUUCUUUUUCUAUUGCCCACUGAUGGUAUAAAUGUUAAUCUGCCUCUGAGUGUGCUUAUGAGAGGACUACAAACAUCUUUUUCACCUUUAGAACAAACUUUUCCUAUGCUCAACUCACACAGAAUUGCUUCCUGCUGUUAGGAAUUGCAGCCCCAUACUAGGGGCCUGCCACACUAUACCCAAAGGCAAUGGCCCCAAAGACAGCAGACUGUACUGGAAGGCCAGGGAUGGAUGCGAGCCAUCGCAUGUCUAAUUCCCUCCAUCCUAAAGGGACAAUAGAUCUCUGACUCUCCUAGUUCAAGGACUGACAGAGCUCUUACACUAAGUUUUUUCACUUCUCCAAUCACUGUAGCUCCUAUUUGGUUUUUUCAUAAUUGAACACAAGCACUCUCAAGAAAUCUGAGCCCCACUAGAAGGACUGGUCAUCAGUCUUUGCCACAGAAAUGCAUUUUCAGAGCAUGUCGUGAAAAACCAAAAUACAGUCUUCUUGCUCACAUCACACAAAUCUAUUUUUAUCCUCUGCUGGCACAUGCACAAAAUAUAAUCAACUGGAAGAAUAUUAGAAAUUUUUUAAAACCCCACAUAAUUAUGUAUGAAAAACUAAAAAAAAAAAUAGAAACCAUACUCCCACAUCCUUAUACAUGCAAUAGUAUCCUCAGAGAUAGAAAGAUAUUGUCUUUUAUCUUAGACUUUUAACUUCAGGUACAUCUGGUCACUUGUAGGUGCAAAAAUCCCAGCUUUUCUCCUCUAUAAUUUUAAAAGGUCAUCAGGUGAUUAAUGCUUUUCCCACCCUUACCAACAAAAUCAAGGUGGAAAAAUCUACCUGACUAACCUCAUCUGGCAUUUUACAGUUGUACAGCUGAUUGCCAUUUUUAUAUUUGAAAAGUGACGACUCUCUGUUAGAAUUCUUAGAGUUAGUCACUCUGGAUCAGCUGACAGCAACUCCCUUUGUAAAAAUGGACCUCAAGUCUACUGACUAGUCUUUAGCCAUCUUACUCUCUUUUUCCUGGCCAGCAAUUAGGAACAUUUGUUGGGCUGUGUCAAUUUUCCAUGUGAAAUAAAAGCUUGUUUGGUUUAUUAAACUAAAUAUGAAAAACUCUUUGCUCUUCUCCAGCUAAACACUCUGUCUUAAAAAAGCGAUAUAGUAAAUGUAAUUUUCUUACAUUGUAUAAUGCCUUGCUCUGUUCCCAACUUUAUGGCAAAUUAGCUAGGCAUUCUUGAUCGUAUUCUCUUCUCUAGGUCUCUUUUCUCAUUUGAAAAACGAGGAGAUUGGAUUAAAUUAUUUCUAAAACCAGGAAGACUUGAGUUCAAAUUCUGUUUUAGACCCUUACUAGUUGGGUGGCCCUCGGCAAGUCACUUCAUCUCACUGUGGCUCAGUUUCCUCAUUUGUAAAGUGUUUUAAUAUCAGCCCUCAAAUCUCUAAUUCUAUGAUUAGUUUAGCAAAGAUGACAAAAGGUGGUAACAGUCCCACAAAAUAAAUCCAAUGUCAGUUUUAAGGAACAACAACAAAAUAAAAUUAAGCAAUUCUGUGUAAGUUGAGCUUAGGGAAAUUUUGCUCCAGAGAUGAGAAAGAUGUACACUCAGAGAAAAAAAAAUCUCUCACUUUUUAUUGAUCCUUCCUCCAUAUAGCUUUGCAGAGUAUCAGAUCUUGAAUAGUUCAUGAGGAAUGACUAACAACAGAGGCUAACCAUAGGCUUGCUCAACCUGAAUUAGUCCUGGAUCUCUGGCUCCUUUGGUGCCUUUUGACUUAGAGUGUAAUCAGGUAGUUCUGCCCUUUCUGGGCAUGGCUUUUUGUAAAGCCCUGCCAAGCAUAAUGCCGAGGAAAGAUUUGUCUGUGAUCACUAUUUAUGUAGGUAACAUUCCUUCCUGUGCUAGAGUUGUUUGCCCAGGGAGAGAAAUGUAUAGAACUGAAGGUCAUCAAUCUCAUUCACAAUUUACUAAGGAAAGGGGGCAGGAUUAUUUACAUAUAACGGAGGCUCUUCCUCUUAACAUCCCUUGAUUCUUUCCUUUGGCUUUGCAUUUUGGUUACUUUCUCCUCUGUCUACAGGAGUCAUCUAAAACCCAUAAGACUAAGAGCUAGGAGGUGCAUUAGGAACCAAAAGAACUAAUUAGAAGUUCUAUGUAAGCCCCAGCUUUUCAGUGGGAGAGAAGGUGGUAUGCCCUAAGAUGUUCCCAAUGGCUUGUACUGCUCGGCCCGUGUACCCAGGAAAAAUAGCCUCUGAUUCUCACAUGAGGUUGCUGGCUAGCCAAUAGACAGUGUUCCAAAUGAGCUUUGACUGGAAACUUGGCAUUACUUCCUAGCCUUUUCCAAGAACUUCUAGGAUAACCCAAGGUCCUAAUUGUGGUUCAUACCUUAUCUUCCUUUUUGUCAUGUACAGGCUUGUCGGGAAUUCAUGAUGGCAGCAGAUAUAUAUGUGAUGUGGCUUUGAGGAAUAUAGGAAUUCUUUGCAUUUUUUUUCUCCUUCUAGAUUCAAAUUUUUCAACUAGCGCCAUAAGGUCAAAAACUCAAUAUCCACAAACUAUAAAAUGAGCUUAUUUGUGCCAAUAAGGUUCUCACUUCAAAAGGGCUAAGUCAGGCAGAUAUAGACUUAGAAUCAAAGCUGUUAAUACAUAAGGGACUUGAGGGCAUAAUAAUACUCUCAAAGAUUCAUCAUGCUCUCUCACUCUCCUUAUUUAUCCAAACUGUUACCAAGUCCUGUCAGUUCUACCUUUGCAUGAUGUUUUGUAUAAUUCCCCUCUCCCUGUGAUACUGCCACCACUGGUUCAGUCCAUCAUCAUCUCACAUUUGGACGAUUACAGUAACAUUCUGCUCGACCUUCCUGCCUCAGAUCUCUCCCCCUGCUGUUCAUUCUCUCUCAGCCUCAAAUUGAUUUAACUAAAGGUGAAAACUUAUCACCCUCAUUCAAUCAAAUCCAGUGGCUCCCUAUUACUCCUAGUAUCAAAUAUAAAGUGCUCUGACUCAUAAAACUCUUUAUAUCCUAGUUCCUUCCUGCCUUUACUGUCUUCAAACACCUUCUCCCCUCCACUCUCUCCUCCCCUCUAGGAUCCAGGAGUAAUGGCCUCCUGGCUAUGCCUUCCUUCUUGGGUUAUUUCCAGUUUAUUCUAUAAAUAGCUUAUUUGAAUGUAGUUGUUCAUCUGUAGUCUCCUUGUUAGAUUGUGAGCCCCUGGAACCAAAGGUUUUCCCUUUCAUUUUAUCUCUGGGGUAUAGCACAGGGCCUGGUACAUAGUAGGUGCUUAACAAAUGUCUCUCAAUAUGCUAUAGAAUGUUCAGGUCUGAAGAACCUUUCAGCAGCAUCCACUUUUCAAACACCUUUGUAGUGUCAAACUCAGGCCAAGAGAGGGGCUGUUACUUGCCCAGAAUCACACAGCUUUCAAUAAUUGGUUCUAUAGAGCUGACUUAGCUUCUCUCUUUAGAGUGGAGGCUAAAAUUUUUGAAGAACAAUGUUGAGUUCUUUUUUUUUUUUAGAGAAGCAUUUCAUUUAUAUGUCUCCUUUCUAUUGUUUAGAAUCCACUUUUAGAAGCUCUGCUUUCCUAUUCAUGCUUUUUUUCUAUUUACAUUUGUCAAUUAGCUAUUCCCAAUCUCUUUCUAAAAGACUGAAAAUUUACUUGGCUUUGAUUCCACACUUUUGACAUUCUACUUCCAACAAGAAAGGAAGAAUAAUAUUGAGGAAACAGUUCUAGAUCUUGACCUCCAUAGACUGAGUUGCUACUUCCUAGGUAAACCUUCAGAAGUCACUUACCAUCUCAGGGCCUCAGUUUUCCCUUUUUGCAAAAUGAUGAGGAAAGAAGUAACCUUGGAUCCACGAACUCAGGGUUUAAAAAAUAUUUUGGUAACUAUAUUCCAAUAUAAUUGGUUUCUUUUGUAAUUGUAUGUAUCUUAUUUUAUGCAUUAAAAGCAUUCUGAGAAGGGGCCCAUAGACUUUGAUGGACUUCCCAAGGGGCCCAUGACACAAAAAAGGUCAGAGACUCCUGGACUAGAUGAUUUUCCAAGUACCCCUCUUAAUUUUCAAUCUUAUAAUUCUACGAAGGUGGUUAUGUGACUUUCUUGUUUAAUUGCAUAUCCUUUGUUAGCUGUACUUUUCAACUACUGUGCAAAAAAUCAUUUCUAUUUAUUGAUAUUUCAUAUCAGCAGACUUAGAAGCUGAGACCAAAUUAGACCUUAAAGCCCAAACUCAGUACCUCUACAGGCCAGGUCUUCAGUAAGUCACUCUGUUUCUCAGAAAGCAUCAGUGCUUCCCUUUGCUUUCAAAAUAAAGUGGCAGCACCUCUGACCUUUAAAGUCCUUCACACUCUGACUCCAAUCACAUUUCCACUCUUAGUACAUAUCAUAGACACUCUCCAUUCAAACAAAACUAGCCAACUUGUACCCUUCAUACUCAACAUUCCACCUCCCUGGCUUCCAAAGUUCAAGCCAAGUGCUGGCUGCUCCAUAAUCAAUCCUUUCCUAAUCCAUCCCCCAGAUUCUUUGGACCUCUUCUCCCCUCUGCAAGUCAUCUUGCCUCUUCUUUCUAUGGACCCUAUUUGCCUCAGUUUCCUCAUCUGCACAAUGAGCCGGAAAAGGAAAUGAUAAACCACUUCAUUAUCUUUGUGAAGAAAACCCUCAGUGGGGUCACGAAGAGUUAGACUUGACUGAAAUGGUUGAACAACAUAUAUUUCCUUAUAUUCAUGCAUAUUUCUCUGAAUGGAAUGUAAGCUACUUGAGGGCAAAGACAAGUUUCAUUUUGGUCUUUGUUUCCCCAGUACACAGCACCUAGUAGACUCUUAGUUGUUUGCCUCUUGGUUCUAGCUGCUUUCUUAAUUGUUUUUCUGCUUAAUAAAAGUCCUUAAGUCCAUAGCUGUUCACUCCAUUGCCUUCUCAGAUCUCUUUUAGUAUACAUCUGAAUUCUUUGAUCUGGUAUACCACGAUAACCAUGAAUGUUGUGAGUUACAGUGGGAGAAGUGCUGGACUUAGAAUCUGAAGAUCUGAGUUUCCAAUUCAACUCAGCUACUCAAUGGGACAUUGAGAAAUCAAAUCUCUUAAUCUCUUAGAUCCUCUGUUUUUGCAUCUAUAAAAUGGGCACAAUGCUGCUCAAUCUGCCUAAUUCACAAGAUUAUUAUAAGAACUAAGUGAAACACUAUACAGAAAUCUCUUUUUAGCCAACAAGUGCCAUGGAAAUGUUCUCCUUGUUUAAUAAACACAUGUUAAGCCAAAACAAACUAGUAACUUGAGUGGAAUUAGUACUUAACACAUGUGUCAUGAUGAGUUAUUAGAUCUCCCUCUGCCAAAGGUUAUUAUACCACACUUAUAGAUGAAGGGAUUUUGCUAGUUGCAAGAAAUAAUCUCCUCCAAAUAACUGCAAGUGAUUUUUGGACAUUCUAAAAAUCACAUAUAUUGUCACUAAAGAUUAUGUUUUUGAAAUUCACAUUUGAAUGGAUCAGCUUUACUAGAAAUCCAUAGUCCUACAUCCUAAGUAUGAGAAUCUACACUGGGAGGGACUAACUCCAGAAAGUUGUCUCACCAACAUUCACAACUUUUGCAAAACUCCCGUAUCACUUUAUUUUCUUUUUAAGAAAUUGAUAUAGUCUUGGAAUAACCCCUGUAUGUCUUUGUCCUUCUAUUGAACAUCAGAUGCUCCCCAGAUGAUCUGUUGAUUGACUGAUUGUUAUGUCCUAAUGAACUCAGAACUAACUGAAUUGUAAACCCAAAGGAUCUCGGCUCUAACUGCAGAUCCCCUAAGAUAGAGCUAACGUCACCCUCUGAUCACAGUAAACCUGGCAGCUCUCAGAAUUUGUGCUCUCAUGCCAAGCUUUGCCUUCAUCACCUUCCAUUGUCCAAUAAAAGAACUUGGCAUCUGGACCUCAGACUCAUUUUCCAACUGGUGAGAGAACAGUUUCUAAUAAAAACCCUUCCCCACCUGGAGUCACAGCAAUGGAGGAGUCAUUCGUCUUACCUUAGAACCUCUUCUAGGGGGCUCAAAAGGGGAAUUCCAUCUCUAACCCUUAUAGGCAAGAUCAGGUAUGGAUGGAGCAGCAGGAGAUCCUUGGCUCUUCCCUCCCUGUGCUUCCUGGGCCUUCUAGAUAUAGGGGAAUCUCCAUUCUACUUCUGUACAUCUUUUGAACCAUGGAGGACAAAACCACAGAGAAUCUCUAUGGGAAAUCCAAUGUCAUUAAGUACAGCUAGUUAACAUAGAGGUUCUUUUUAAAAAAUUUUUAUUAAUUUAGAAUAUUUUUCCAUGGUUACAUGAGUCAUGUUCUUUCUCUGCCCUCCCCCAACCCUGUUCCCAUAGCGAACAAGCAAUUCCUCUGGGUUUUACAUGUGUCCUUUAUCAAGACCCAUUUCUAUACCAUUAAUAUCUGCACUAGAGUGAUCAUUUAGAGUCUACAUCCCCAGACAUAUCCCCAUUGACCCAUGUGAUCAAGCAGUUGUUUUUCCUCUGUGUUUCUACUCCCACAGUCUCUUUGUAUGUGGAUAGCAUCUUUCCCAUAAGUCCUUCCAAAUUGUCCUUGAUCACUGCAUUGCUGCUAGUAGAGAAGUCCAUUACAUUGGAUUGUACCACAGUGUAUCCGUCUCUGUGUAUAAGAUUCUCCUGUUUCUGCUCCUUUCACUCUGCAUCAAUUCCUGGAGGCCAUUCCAGUUCACAUGGAAUUCCUCCAUUUCAUUAUUACUUUCAGCACAAUAGUAUUCCAUCACCAACAUAUGCCAUAAUUUGUUCAACCAUUCCUCAAUUGAAGGAACAUAGAGGUUCUUAAAGGCUUAUACUUUAACCAUUGGCAGUGCCACAUAAUAGGAGGCCGAAUUAGGUUUUGUGUCAAUAAAUCCAUUUAUGAAUAUGGUCAGAUCCAUAGAAGCAUUUUAGAAUAGUAAUAACUCCAAGUCUGGUUUAUAAUUUGCAAAACUUUUUGCAACAAUCCAUUCGAGUCAAUUGUGCAAACAGCCUCCCUUUCUGUAGUAUAAAGAAAACAUACCCCUGUGACGUGAAAAGUUGCUUGUAGUUACAUAGCCAGUGGGGCCGGGGCUCAAACCCAGAUCUUGGACUCAAAAUCCAAUGUUUCUCUUUCUACCCACUAUCUUUAAGUUGCCACAGAUUUUUGCUGUAGGUCCUUUUCCUUAGUAACUACCUUAAGAACUCAAUUUCCUUUCCUGUAAAGUUUGAAGGGAUUGGACUAAGUGAACUUUAAGAGUCAUUUCUAAAUCUUUUAUACCUUUUGACAUUAUCCACAAAAAAAG